GAGUCGAAAUGAAGAAACGCAACACGAUUGGUGCGUAACUGCCCCUCCAAAAGGAGUAAAUACGUUGCUUAAGGAAAAAAUUGCUCACUCCCCACUGAGAUACUGGACGCUACGUUUGUACGUGCUACAUACAUUCAGCUUCAACGUUUUGUAAAACUCUAUCAAACUCAACAUGUCUGGCCGUGGCAAAGGAGGCAAAGCAAAAACAAAGUCAAAGACUCGUUCCAACCGUGCUGGACUUCAAUUUCCAGUUGGACGUAUUCAUCGUCUUCUUCGUAAGGGCAACUACGCUGAACGUGUUGGUGCUGGUGCCCCAGUAUACUUGGCUGCAGUUAUGGAAUAUUUGGCUGCUGAAGUACUCGAGUUAGCUGGUAAUGCUGCUCGUGACAACAAAAAAACAAGAAUUAUUCCACGUCAUCUUCAAUUGGCCAUCCGUAAUGACGAAGAAUUGAAUAAACUUCUUUCUGGUGUUACCAUUGCCCAGGGUGGUGUUUUACCAAAUAUCCAAGCUGUUCUCUUGCCCAAGAAGACAGAAAAAAGCAGCGCCUAAAUCAUCUUCAAGACAACAAACCAAUCGGCCCUUUUCAGGGCCAAUAAAUUAUUCAAACGUUCAUCAACAAUUUAAUAUAUUAAAUCUACAACAUUAAUUUUUUGUAACGUAUUCAUUUUAUAAUAAUUGUCAAAUAAAUAAACAAUAUUAUAUUUUUUUUUCUACUGAUUAAAAGUGACUAUAUUGAGUUGCAAAAAAUUUAUCAAGAGGGCAUUGUAUUAGUGUUUAUUUUUUUUUAUUUCAUGUGUUGACAUUUGCGCUUUUUAUUAUAACCUAUCAUUUGUGAAAAAAAAAUAAAUAACAAGUGUCUUUAAUUAUUAAUAAUAAAUAUGGAACUUGUCAAUAUGAAUUUGGCUGAAUUGAAAUUAGAAAAAGAAAGAUUGACAAAACGAGUUGAAGAAGGUCGUGAUAAAUUGGCAAAAUGUAACGCCAUCCAUGAAAAAGAAUUGUAUGAUAUUUUACCAGAUGCACCAACUGACGAUGAUGAACACAAUGAUUAUAAAUUUGUAGUCAAACACGUUGAAGCAACUCAACUUGCAACUGGUAUUUCUUACUCAAACAUCAAUAAAUUCUGGAUUGGAAAGAGCACUUGUAAAUACACUGCUGAUGUAUCAAUCAAAAUCAUUGAUUUUAAAUUCGAAAUAACUGUUGAGAAACAAGAUAAUGAUGAAACUAAAAUUUUGGACAUAACAUGUCAUUUUGAAAAUGUUGAAUCAUCAUACCUCCAAGAAAUCAUUCCUUGGGUUAAAGAUUUUGCAACAAAAAAAGAGUAUUCUGCUUUAAUGGCAGCAUUCAGUGUAUAUGGACAUGCUGCAACAACACGAACAAAAAUAUUAAAGAAAUGUGAGUCAAAAAAAUAUGUAACUAUAGAACACACUGAACAUGAUGGUGGACUUAUUGCACUUAUUCAUUCACCAAAGUCAAUAACAGAACCACUUGCAAGUAUCACCUGGAAAACAAUAUUUAAUGAAAAAUCAAGAGGAAUUGAACAUUCCUUCUCUGUCAAUGUCAUUGAUGAAGAUUUUGGCACUAAAAAUCGUUCAUUGUUUCAAGACCUGUGUAAAAGAGGACUAAAAAAAGAAGAACUUGAAACUAUUUGGUCUGAUUUAUGUGGUGAAAUUAAAGAGUACAAAUAAAGUAUUAAUCAAAUAGUAAGUGAAGGAUAAAUAACUAUUUUUAUAUAAAAACUUGAUAUUUAUAUUUUCAAUAAUAUUAGUAAUUUAAUUACCACGUUGAUAUUAGUGUGAGCUUAAUCUAAAUAUAUUUUGUACUACCCUGAAGCCAUUAAUAAAAAAUUAAUUUAUAAUAUUUUAUAGUGGUUUUAUUAGCUACACUUUUAUAAAAUAAUUCAUAUAUUUUUUAGUAUUUUUUCUUUUUCAACAAUAUAAAAACAUCUGUAUAAUAUAAAACUUUAAUAUAUCUAUUAAUU